ACCUAAUUAAAAUAAAUUCAAUGUAAUUACUGCCACAGUUACAUUUCAGUCCGACACUAAUUUCUUGGUUUUCUGUUCGUGAAGUGGCAUCAUGGUGGCGCGGCGCGGCUUGCCUGACUGUCGUGGCGGUGGUUGACAUUUAAGGAAUGUGAUCCUUCAAAAUGUAAACAAACUCAAACUGCCAAGCCAGAGGUGCAUUCUUUAAAAUCGGCUUCAAAACCAAGAAAUUUAAAUUAAAUAAAAAAUAAUUUAUAAAAAUAGAAUUACAAUAUGUUUAUCUACUUGAGUAAAAAGAUUGCAAUACCCAACAACACAAAGCUUAAUUGUCUUGCAUGGAGCAGCAAUCAAGGGUUUAUUGCUGUGGGAGGAGAAGAUGGUUUACUAAAAGUGCUGAAGUUGGACUCUGGCAAAGAAGGAAAAGUAAAAGGUCUUGCUGCACCUGCCAACCUAUCCAUGAACCAAACACUAGAAGGUCACAAUGGGCAAAUUCAAGUUAUCACCUGGAAUGAAAUUCAUCAAAAGCUAACAACCAGUGACCAAUUCGGUUUGAUAAUUGUCUGGAUGCUGUAUAAGGGAUCUUGGUAUGAAGAAAUGGUAAAUAACCGAAACAAAUCAGUUGUUAAAGGCAUGGCCUGGAAUGCAGAUGGUCAAAGAAUCUGCAUAGCUUAUGAAGAUGGAGCUGUCAUUGUUGGCUCAGUGGAUGGAAACCGUAUUUGGGGCAAAGAGCUGAAAGGUGUAGCAUUGACUGGUGUCCAAUGGUCUCCUGACUCAAGAUUAUUGUUGUUUAGUUUACGAAACGGUGAAGUACAUGUGUAUGACAGCCAAGGAAACUUUAUGAUGAAGGUGAACAUUCAGUGUGCUGCUGUGGGUGGUGGAUCUGCCGCUAUCCAAGUUGUUGGUCUGGACUGGUAUAAUGGGCGUCAUGGCUACAUAGAACAGGAUUGUCCUGCUUUAGUUGUUUGCUACUUUAAUGGCACCAUGCAGAUCAUGCGAAAUGAAACAGAUGAAAGUCCUAUCAUUGUUGAUACAGGAAUGACGGUUGUUUGCUGUAGAUGGAACCACAAUGGUACUGUUUUAGCAGUGGCAGGAAUGAUGACCCUUGCUGGUGAUACCAAGGACUGUAAUGUCAUUCAAUUUUUUACUCCUUUUGGAGAGCACCUUCGUACCCUGAAGAUCCCAGGACGUGAAGUUACAAGCUGUGUUUGGGAAGGUGGAUCCCUUCGUGUAGCCCUUGCUGUUGACUCAUACAUAUACUUUGCAAACAUCAGGCCUGAUUAUAAGUGGUGUUAUGUAGCUCAGACUGUGGUUUACUCACACAACCAGCCAGACCGUUUUGGUACCCAUGUUGUCUUUUGGGAUACAAAAAACAAUGAGUGUUACAGCAAGUGUGUCAAGGCACUACUAGGUGUGACAUCCUAUUCAGACCAUUGUGUAUUGGCAACAAAAGCCGAAGAUCAGAGUGUGGAGGGAGGAUUUUGCCUUGUAUUAUGUAAUGCUAUAAGCACCCCGAUUGAUACAAAGUAUAUUAACUUUGAACCCAUGUGGUUGGCCAUGAACUCCACAUUUGUAUUUGCUGCAUCUCGAGACAACUUUUUACUGUGGCACUUCAAAGCUCCUAAAUUACACACUUCUCAACAUUCUGCAGGAGCUCGGCAGCGCAGGGAUAGAAUUUAUCAUAUUGAUGAUACACCUUCAGGGGUUGCUGAAGUGAUUCAAGAUUUGGAUCGUAAUUUUGAGCUACCAACCAAUACACAAGCCACCUCAGAUCCCAUCUGCUGUUUAGCAGCAUCUGACAAGGCUCUCAUUGUUGGUCGAGAAUCUGGGAUGCUCCAAAGGUAUUCAUUACCUCAAGUAGCUCUUACAAAUCGCUACACACUUAGCUGUCGGCCAUAUGAACUAUCCAUCAAUUGUAACACCACGAAACUUGCAGUGAUAGAUAUCACUGGUGUCUUGACAUUUGUUGAUUUGGAAACUGACCUUGGCGCUGGAAGCUUGUCUAUCAACAAUAGAAUAGCUAACAGCCAGCCAGUCAAUGAAACAGUGGUAGGGGAAACCAACUCACAACUCUUUUCAAAGUUUGAGAGGAAAGAUGUUUGGGCAAUGAAGUGGGCCUUGGACAAUCCAGACUUAUUGGCAAUCAUGGAAAAGACAAGAAUGUAUGUAUUGAGGGGGCUUGAUCCUGAGGAGCCCAUUGUCAGUUCAGGAUACAUCUGCAGUUUUCAGGAUCUAGAGAUCCGAGCAGUUCUUCUUGAUGAGCUCCUGCAAACUCCUGAUGAACCAAAUGCAGAACACCUCCUUGAUCUGGAAGUUAAAUCUUUGAGAGACACGCGUCAGCUCCUCAAUAAAGUUGGAAUAAAAGAAGCCACAACUUUUAUUGAGGACAACCCUCAUCCUCGUUUAUGGCGACUUCUUGCUGAAGCUGCCAUUCAGGAGUUGGAUUUAGCAACAGCGGAGGCAGCAUUUGUCAGGUGCAGUGAUUAUGCUGGUAUACAAUUUACUAAACGUCUCACAAACAUCCAUAGUGAUCAGCUGAAAAAGGCUGAGGUUGCUGCCUACUUUAAAGACUUUGAUGAAGCUGAAAAAUUAUACUUGGAAGCAGAUAGGAGAGAUCUAGCUAUUGCUUUAAGAGAGCUUCUUGGAGAUUCAUUUCGGGUUGUGCAGCUCAUGAAAAUGGGUCCGGGCGGGUCAGAUGUCCAAAUGGAAGUAGCUUGGAAUUCCAUUGGUGACUACUUUGCUGACAGAAAUAAUUGGGAGGGAGCUCGUGAGUAUUAUGAAAAAGGACGGAACCAGGAAAAGCUCAUUAAGUGUUAUUACAUGCUAGAGGACUAUGGUGCCUUGGAAACAAGUGUUGCAAAUCUUACUGACAAACAUCCACUUUUGUCAACUAUUGGAAAUAUGUUUUCUUCAGUUGGAAUGUGUUCUCAAGCUGUUUCUGCUUAUAUUAAGCUGGGUGCUGUCAAGGUGGCAGUGGACACGUGUGUACAUUUGAAUCAAUGGGACCAGGCUGUUGAGCUGGCAAGACUAUAUCAGUUACCUGAAAUAAGCAAUUUACUUGCAAAGUAUGCAACACAUUUAUUAGAAAAGAAUCGUAUCAUGGAAGCUGUUGAGCUUUACCGCAAAGCUAAUCACUUCCUCUCUGCUGCAAAAUUGCUCUACCAGUUGGCUGAAAAUGAAGCUCAGAAAAAAGCAAACCCUUUAAGAAUUAAGAAGCUUAAUGUUUUGGCGGCCUUGCUUGUAGAGGAACACAAUACUCAUAGAAAGCAACUCAAUCCUGGUGCAGCGGGAGGUAAAAGCAAGGCUCUGAUGGGUAUAUUUGACUCAGAUGACAAUCUGGAAGUGGAUUCCAAAAUUGUUGAUAAUGCUUGGCGUGGUGCUGAGGCUUAUCACUUCCUCAUGCUUGCACAGAAACAGCUUUAUGAAGGAUCAGUUGAUGCUGCUAUGAAAACAGCAUUACAUCUCCAGGAUUAUGAAGAUAUCCUAGACCCUGAGGACAUAUUUUGUAUUCUUGCUCUAGCAAGUUGUGCCAACAGGGCAUUCGGUACAUGUUCAAGGGCUUUCAUACAACUUGAAUCUCUGGAAAAGAUACCCACUGAAAGAAGACAAGAGUAUGAAGAGCUUGCCACUGACAUUUUUACAAAAUACACUCCUAAGGAUCCCCGAGGUACACGAGCUGAAUGUAGCAACUGUGGAAGUGUUGUUCAGGACUGGAGUUGGGCUUGCCCAAGCUGUGAUACAAGAUUUCCUGCAUGCACAGCCACAGGUCGACCACUAACCAGCAUGUCAAAUAUGUGGACAUGUCAUGUCUGCAAACAUCUUGCCUCCUAUAAUGAUGCAAGUGUCCGAGACAAUUGUCCCCUUUGUCAUGCUCCAGUUCAGCUUUAAAAGUUUACUCUCAGGUAGGAGUGAGCUAUUGCUACUCUAUUGUAUGGUAUUUUGCACACAUCCGUCCUUAUUGUGAUAUUUUACUAUUGAAAAUUUUUAUCAUUACUAUGAAAGCACUGAAAGACUGAAAAUGGUACAUACGUACAUAUACUCAGAUCUCAAGAACUCACAUUUUUAGAGUUUCUCACUGUUGAUCCUUAGUUACAAAAUGCAAAAGGUACCUAUUAUUUUUAGUGAUAGGGCAAACUGUUCUGAAAACGAACCUGUUUUGCCAACCUAACAGAAUCGGUUUGGUUUGGGUCGAGUGGUGAAACUCGAGUUGAUACCGUUCUGGUUUUAAAGUACCUGUUCUACAACGAACCAGCUUUUUUUCUCACUUCGGGAAGAGAACCUUGAACCGUUUAAACAAAAGGUCAUGCCGUAUUUCACUCUAUUCCAUCCACUGAAAUCUUAAAUUAAAUCAAUGUGCUAAAUUCUUCUCACUGCCACAACAGCAUCAUUCCUGGCUUUGCGCUAAGCUUUAGAAGGUUUGGGUUUGCUUCAAAUUUUACAGGUUUGCUCAAGGUUCAUUAGACCACGGUUUGGAUUGGUUUUCUUUUUUUAUUUAGAAGUUUGGUUUGGUUUGGUUGAAAAUUUGGGCUUUGCCCCAUUACUAAUAGUUUUAUUCAACUCUGUAGGUGUAAGAUUUUAAGCCGCACUUUAUUCAGUUUUUUAAAUAAUUUCGAUUGUACAACUUAUUUUUGCUUGUGGUUAUUUCACAAUUAAGUUUUAUUGUAAGUGCAUAUGUAAUGGUUAAAGCUAGGCGGGUGACUUAACUUAGGAUUGACAGCGCCAAUUUGGUUAUCUGAGGUCUAGCCACUUUCACUGCUGGCUGUUCUUCGGCUCAGCAAGUAUACAUCAUGUACCUUAUGUAUGUAUGUUUGAAAUACAGCUAUAGGUGGGGGUUUACUUUGGAAAGAAAAGUAGGAAUGCUUCACGUCAAUGAAAGUAAGAUCAUGCACACCUAUGUCACUGAAGUCGCCUUGUAUUCACUGAAAGUUAUUUGAAGUACAUAAAUUAUUUAACUUAA